AUUAAUUAAUUAUUAAUUAAAAGGGUUAAUAUAAUUUUCAUGAAUUCUCUUCUAUUGUUCCUCCCUUAUUUUUCAGCAGAAAGUUUUCAUUUUCUUUGAAACUUGAUGCUGAAUUAUUCUUGUUUGUUCAUGUUUGACAUUCAUGUCUCCAGUUCUUAGUGAAAUCCUUCGUUCCGGUUUUAUGAUAAAUUCCUCUCUAAGGCGUAGAACUCAUCUUGUUCAAUCUUUCUCUGUUGUCUUCCUUUAUUGGUUCUAUGUUUUCUCGUAAAUCUCCUAACGCCAUUGCAACAUUAUAUUAUAUCAUUAUUAUAAGCUAGUAAUAAAUAACAUAUUAUCAUUGUAAGUUAAGUAUAUUAGUCAUUAAUUGUCCAUGUUUGUUCAAAGUCCCUUUGUUAGUAUUGUAUCUCCUUGAAAUCUAUUUUUAUUUUUGAACAAAGUAAAAAAAAUUACAUAGAUCUUUUUUAUUUAUAUUAAAAUCAAGAUAAUUUGAUCGGCGACCGAUCAAAAGAUACUAGAAUUAAUUUUGCUGAACAUAUUCUGAUCAUGGCCUCAUCGAGUGGAAACUCGUCUACAUCCACCAAAUUUUGUGGCUCUGAAGAAGAUUUGCAACUUCUGAUGGAUCAAAAGAAGAGGAAGAGAAAGCAGUCGAACCGCGAAUCCGCGAGGAGAUCUAGAAUGAGGAAGCAAAAGCACUUGGAUGACUUAGUUGCUGAAGUUGAGAAGCUUAAAAAGGAGAACAAUGAAAUCCUUACCGGAGUUAAGAUCACAACACAAAAGUUUCUGAAUAUUGAGGGAGAAAAUUCCAUCUUAAGGGUCCAAAUGAGUGAACUUACCAAAAGGCUUGAAUCACUCAAUCAUAUGCUUAGCUUCUUCAACAACAAUAACAACACCAUCACAAGCACUAGUACAAUUUUUGAUAGUGAAUUCUACCAUGAUUAUAAUUUCAUGAAUCAUCAUCACAUUAACAUGUGCCUUAACCAACCCAUCAUGGCAUCUUCAAAUCACAUGUUUGAGUGGUGAGUUAUGAGAUGAGACUCUAA